GUUUCUCUAUUCUAUAUUGACAACACUAGCUAAUUAGAAACAUGCAAUAUAUCAAGCGUUGCAAUAUCGCCUACAUCAGUGAUUUUACGCUAAUAACCGAGAUCAACGUCCAACUGGCGUUGUUCCGGGACCUGCUGAUCCACAUCGGGCAGUCGCAUGACUGCCCGGAGUUGCGCGAGCGCGUGCGCCGCCUGCGCCGCGCGUGCGUGGAGGCCACGAAGCAGACCAGCCAGCUCGUACUGCCUAACUGUAAGAAGUCCACGAGCGAAGGGUGCUCCGAGCAGCCACAGAUGGUGCUGCUCUAUUUUAUGGCGCAGCUGCUUCUGAGGGAGCUGGCCAAGUGCCAUCGACUGGUUCAACUCGUGCCCAUGGAUAUGACGUCAUAUUAUGAAAAUCGAGCGGGCCCGUCGAAUUUCGGCAACGUCAUCAGUCAAAUCCUACUGUGCAAGCAGAUCACGCCUGACUUCAACCAAGAGGAGCUGUGCAGCAUCGCCAAGGACACGCAGGAGAUCACCAGGAUAGUCAACGACAUCCAGGAGUACCUGCCGCAGCAUGAAAGCCUCAACCAUUUAGAGACGAACGUUGCGCUGAAAGGUGACGACGUUAGCGGCCUAUGGAGGAACAAAAGGCGGGGCUCCAUGUACAAAGGCAUGGGAGUGCUUUGUUGUGUUUCGAGGCCCAACUACCUCUGA